AAACGUACUUCUUCUUGGGGUUUGCAAUUUAAAGCUCCAACAAAGGUAAAUGCUACAAAAGUAGGUGCUAUGGAUUGGAGUAUGGUCGACCCAGAAAAAGAGGUUCCAAACAUGGUUUUGGAUCUUGGUGUAGAAAGAAUGAUUCAAGAUGGUCUUAUAUUCCAAGAAAAAUUUUGUAUCAGGAUAUAUGAAGUAGGGCCAGAUCAAAAAGCUUCCGUAGAAACACUCAUGAACCAUUUGCUGGAAACAAGCAUUAAUCAUAUGAAGAAAACUGGAUUCAUACAUGAGGGGCUUGGGUCAGAGGAGAUGUCCAAGUACAACCUAACGUGGGUGGUGGCAAAGAUCCAAAUGGUUGUGGAUCAUUAUCCAAAGUGGUACAACACUCAUUAAUUUUCAUCUAUACAUGGUCCUUGGUUCACUAUAAUUCAAACAUUUAAUCGUCUUUAUCUUUGAAGCUGAUAUUUAAACUAGUAGAUCAUUAAAACCCAUCUCUUUACAAUCAUAUAUAUUUAUCAUUUUUUAAAUCGUGAAACUUUCUAGCUUUGUGAAAGUCACAUUUCCUUUGAAACUUAAUAGGAAUUUGUCAUGAUAAGAUUAUUAUGUUGGACCAUGAUGUACUCUGACAUGCUCAAAUCUUCUACAGGGGAGAUAU